AUGUCAUUCACAAACAAUGCAGAGGCAGGCCCAUCGACCCCUACUAGAACAAAUAGCAUCAACAAGCCACAAUUACAGCAACCAAAACUAGAGCUAGCGGAUAAAGUGGAGAUCUACAAUGCAACGACACUGGAGGAUUGCUUGGAUUAUUCGCUGCUUGUAUCCAACAACAUCAGCAUGGCUCGUGAUCAGUUAGCAAAUGAAAGGAAUUGGCUCACUUGGUUUAGAUUGUCAUGCACACUUAUAAUCUUGGGAUUUACUGUCUUGAUCCAAUUCCGAUUACCAGAAGAAAAUGAAGACGCACCUCGUGCUGAUAUAACGAAUAAGCCAGUGGGCUACAUCUUUGUGGCAAUAGGCCUUACAUGUUUCUUUGUGGGCAUUGGCAAAUACUUCAAGAGUCAGCGAUUAUUAGUGAAGCAGGCAACCUAUGUGGAAGCAGGCUGGGGAAGCUAUAUAGCUGUGGGUAUCUUGUUUGUGUUUGUUUGCACCAUCAUGAUCUUGGCUUCUACCAAUGCAUCCGCUACAUCAUUUCUAAAACAACAAUGA